UCCAGAGGAUCAUGUGAUGCUGAUUAAAAUGAUCUUUGAAGGGAUUCUUCUGCCGAUCAUAGGGGGCAUUGGAAUACUAGGCAAUGUUCUCUCUCUGUUGGUUCUCUAUUAUGGAAAACUAGAUUUUCAGAAAACUUUUAUCCAGCUCCUAACUGUCCUGUCUGUAUUCGACAUUAUUAGUAUUGUCAGCAAUAUUUUGCUCUUCUCCGGACCUCUCCUUUUCCAGCACUAUAGGCUCCAGAUCCUGCCCCACCUGCUGGCCUACCUGCUCCUACCUGUUGCCCAGAUUGCUAUGACCGGCUCCGUCCUGACUACCCUCGCCGUGUCAGUUGAACGAUUUAUAGCUGUGUGCAGACCUCAUGUACCGGCUGCCAAGGAUAUUGGCCGGAUUAUCUGUUCUCUAAUCGUCUUCUUCUCGAUCCUGCUCAAUCUAAACAGGUUCAUGGAGUACGAAACAAAGCUGAACACUAUUGAGUUCCCUCCUAACAUAUCCUUCUCUGGAGCCGUAAGAGGAACAACGAACCAGAGUACCAACUUAGUAACCUGGAGUUUCUACACAAUAAAACCAACCCCAACACGACUGGACCCUAAAAUAUCUCAGAUUGCAGCUGUGAGUAGUAUUCUCAUCCUAAACAUUCUACCAUUCUUUGCUAUGUCCAUCCUUAACAUCUGUAUAUACAGGAGUAUCAAAAAGCGAUCCCAGCUUAUCAACUCAGUAACCAGAGAAAGAAGGAACCUCGGGAUUGCGACAAUACUUGUCUCCAUCGUCCUCGUAUUCGUCCUCUGCCACAGCCCGAAGUGUGUCAUCAACUUCCUCGAGUUGAUAGCUGUCAUUUCAGGUAUAGCUCCAAGCUGGGGACCCGGACCGGAAAUACUUGUAACCCUUUCACAUUUUCUCAUCACCGCCAACUCUUCCGCUAACUUUAUUAUUUACUGCUUCAAGGAUGAAGGAUUUAGAAACUCAAUGAUCAGCAUAAUUACAUGUUUUAGACGAGGAGAUCCUAGUGGAAGAAGAAGAGGAAGCAGGAGUAGACGAGGGAUCAGAUCCUCGGAAGGUGUACAAACUAGACAACCGAAACUAGAUGGAACAGACGGGUGUCAGGGUUAUGUGAACUCUACGGGAGAGAUUGAAGAGAAUGAAAUCCUGAUGCCUGGUAGUGUAGAGAGUUCUUCCAGUUCUCAAAAUCCUACAUCUGUACUCACUUACAUCAGUAUACACAGUGAGAAGAGAAGUAUUUUUACCCGUAGAAGCAGUCUCCAUAAUUCAACAAGGACGAUUUCUAAUCAUGAGUUCUGGUCUAGAAGCAGAAGCUAUACAGGAACUCCUGAGUGUGAGGUUACAUCCCUCUAAUAUACAGGAACACCUGAGUGUGAGGUUACAUCCCUCUAA